AUGGAUUAAAGUUUCUUUUUUGGGUGCAUAUUGCCAGUCUAACUGGGCAGUUACUGCCAAUUUUUUCUUCUUCUUCUUAUUAUUAUAUUUCUUUAAAGUAACCCAGCGGAGAUUCCAUGGGCUGCGAUGGGAGUUGAAUAUGUUAUUGAGUCGACUGGUUUGACUGUGAAGGACGAGGCUGCUGCCCACUUGAAGGGUGGUGCAAAGAAGGUCAUCAUCACUGAUAUCAGCAAGGAUGUACCCAUGUUUGUUUUUGGUGUGAAUGAGAUGGACUACAAGCCAGAUCAGGAUGACAUUGUUUCCAGUGCCAGCUUCAUCACCCAUCAGCUUGCUCCCAUUCUUGAGGUUUUUCAUUUCUGGUUUGGAAUUCUUGAAGGUGAUAUGAAGAUUCUCGACUCAGCCAUUGCCACACAGGAUGAUGACGGACCGAUUAUGACGGACAGCAGGGAUAGAAGACUUGCUUUCUUCCAUCAAGCCAUCGGUGCUACCGGGGCUGCUGUAAAAGUUUUACAGUUUCUCCAUAACAGUUUAGGAUUUUUUAGGGAUCUUAUGCCUGCACUCCAAACCACCUCUGACGUCAUAGCUGCCGUCAAAGCUGCUGAAGAACUUUUCCUGAAUGUAGGUGACAUGCUCGGAAUUGAUGAUGGUCUUAAGACCACAUUAAUGAAAUUACUCUCAAACCCUGCCGCGAUGGACACUAUUGAUGGACCACACGGGACGUCUUCCCCUGGCAGUAUUCCUGCUGAUGUCGAGGCUGUUGGAAAAGUUCUUGCCUACCUUUGUGAUAAAUUGACUGGAACGGUCACCCAUGGUCCAACUAGGGAUCGAUCAAUUGUUGUUCUCACUGUCAGGCUUGAGGUGGAGGCAACUCUUGAGUACAUCAAAGCAGCUAUCAAGUAAGUGUGUGUGUCUACAUAUAUAACCACCUCCAGUUUUUUUCACUACUAAAAAUCUAUUUUUCAGCAACAUGGGAGCACGUCAGUGAAAGUGCUUCCAUGUUGCUGAAAGUACUUCAACAACAUGAUUCUUGUUGUUGAUGUCUUUGUUGGAGAAGCCUUGGUUGGUAAUACAUCAGCAAUGUGAAG